AUGGCAGCGCCGGGCGGCAGGUUGGAGCCGCCGCCUCUCCCCGAGUACAGCUGCAGCUACGUGGUGUCGCGGCCGGUCUACAGCGAGCUCGCCUUCCAGCAGCAGUACGAGCGGCGCCUGCAGGAGCGCAAGACGCUGCGGGAGAGCCUGGCCAAGGGCUGCAGUUGUUCAAGAAAGAGAACCCUUGGUGUGCUGAAGACCCUCCUGCCCAUCUUGGACUGGCUCCCCAAAUACCGGAUCAAGGAAUGGCUGCUUAAUGAUACCAUUUCGGGAGUUAGUACUGGGCUAGUGGGGACACUGCAAGGCAUGGCGUACGCUCUACUAGCUGCUGUUCCUGUUGGAUAUGGUCUCUACUCUGCUUUUUUUCCUAUCCUGACAUACUUUAUCUUCGGAACAUCAAGACACAUCUCAGUUGGACCUUUCCCAGUGGUCAGUUUAAUGGUGGGAUCUGUUGUUCUGAGCAUGGCCCCCGACGAACACUUUCUCGUAUCCAGCAGUAAUGGAACGACACUGAAUACCACCAUGAUAGACUCUGCAGCUAGAGAUGCAGCAAGAGUAUUGAUUGCGAGCACCCUUACUCUUUUGGUUGGAAUCAUACAGUUGAUAUUUGGAGGUUUGCAGAUUGGAUUCAUAGUGAGGUACCUGGCAGAUCCUUUGGUUGGUGGAUUCACAACAGCUGCUGCCUUCCAAGUGUUGGUCUCACAGCUAAAGAUUGUCCUCAAUGUUUCAACCAAAAACUAUAACGGAAUUCUCUCCAUUAUCUAUACUCUAAUUGAGAUUUUUCAAAAUAUUGGUAACACUAAUCUUGCUGAUUUCAUUGCUGGAUUACUCACCAUUAUCAUCUGUAUGGCAGUUAAGGAAUUAAAUGAUCGAUUUAAACACAAAAUCCCAGUCCCUAUUCCUAUAGAAGUGAUUGUGACAAUAAUAGCUACUGCCAUUUCAUAUGGAGUUGACCUGGAAAAAAACUAUAACGCUGGCAUUGUUAAGUCCAUCCCAAGUGGGUUUUUGCCUCCAGCGAUUCCAUCUGUGAGUUUGUUUUCUGAGAUGCUGACUGCAUCAUUUUCCAUCGCUGUGGUCGCUUAUGCCAUUGCAGUGUCUGUAGGAAAAGUAUACGCCAUCAAGUAUGAUUACACCAUCGAUGGGAACCAGGAAUUCAUUGCCUUUGGGAUCAGCAACAUCUUCUCCGGAUUCUUCUCUUGUUUUGUGGCCACCACUGCCCUGUCCCGCACCGCCGUCCAGGAGAGCACUGGGGGAAAGACACAGGUUGCCGGCAUCAUCUCGGCUGGGAUUGUGAUGAUCGCCAUCGUUGCCCUGGGGAAGUUUUUGGAACCCUUGCAGAAGUCGGUCUUGGCAGCUGUUGUAAUCGCCAACCUGAAGGGGAUGUUUAUGCAGGUGUGUGACAUUCCUCGUCUGUGGAGGCAGAAUAAGACUGAUGCUGUUAUCUGGGUGUUUACGUGCGUAGCAUGCAUCAUUCUGGGGCUGGACCUCGGUUUACUAGCUGGCCUUAUAUUUGGAUUUCUGACUGUGGUCCUGAGAGUUCAAUUUCCCUCAUGGAACAGCCUUGGAAGUAUCCCUAGCACAGACAUCUACAAAAGCACCAAGAAUUACAAAAACAUUGAAGAACCUGAAGGAGUGAAGAUUCUGAGAUUUUCUAGUCCUAUUUUUUACGGCAAUGUUGGGUUUAAAAAAUGCAUCAAGUCCACAGUUGGAUUUGAUGCCAUUAGAGUGUAUAAUAAGAGGUUGAAAGCACUGAGGAAAAUACAGAAACUCAUCAAAAAAGGGCAAUUAAGAGCAACAAAGAAUGGCAUUAUAAGUGAUGCUGGUUCAUCGAAUAAUGCUUUUGAGCCGGAUGAAGACAUCGAAAAUCCAGAAGAAUUUGAUAUUCCAACCAAGGAAAUAGAGAUUCAAGUGGAUUGGAACGCUGAGCUUCCAAUCAAAGUGAAUGUUCCAAAAGUGCCAAUCCAUAGCCUCGUGCUUGACUGUGGAGCUGUCUCUUUCCUGGAUGUUGUUGGAGUGAGAUCAUUGCGUGUGAUUGUCAAAGAAUUCCAAAGAAUUGAUGUAAAUGUGUACUUUGCAUCACUUCAAGAUCAUGUGAUAGAAAAGCUGGAGAAAUGUGGUUUCUUUAAUGAUAACAUCAGAAAGGACAUAUUCUUUUUGACUGUCCACGAUGCUGUCCUCCAUCUCCAGAACCAGGUGAAAUCCCAAGAGGUUCAAGAUUCCAUUUUAGAAACGAUCACCCUCAUCCAAGACUGUAAAGAUCCUCUUGAAUUAAUGGAAGCAGAGCUGAUUGAAGAAGAACUUGAUGUCCAAGAUGAGGCUAUGCGAAGACUUGCAUCCUGAAAUUGGGCUCAGG